CUGGUUUCCCACCAUAACCGAUAUAUCUUUCUUAAUUCUCCAAACUCAUAUUGACGGAUAUUGGAUCUCUGCGCCACCUGUUGUCUGAGAGAUAGAUCAGAGUAAUUACCUUCGUCUUCCUUGCCUCCCUGUCACCCAUCUUACAAUAAUUCUAAAACUCUUACAUGUGACAUUCGUUAUCCUGUAUGUGUGAUCCAGACUUGCUAGAGAAGAAAACAAUACAACUUAAUUUGAAGGAUUCUGAGCUGACAGUCUGUGGUGAAGUGGUGAGAGAAAGCUGUGUGGGUAUGGGAAGCAGGUUCCUGAAGGGCAAGUUUAUGCGGUUUGGGGCGCCCUUUCUUGUGCUGGUCGUCGGAGGAUCAUUUGGACUAAAAGAAUUUUCACAGAUAAGAUAUGAUUUUCGCAAUCGGAAGAAUAUAACCAAGGAAGAUGCCGAGAAACUAGGCAUCCCUAUGAAGCCGCAGGCUGAAGUUACAUUGGAAACAGAGUACAAAAAGAUCACUAAGAUUGACACCAGCAACUGGGAGAAUAUCCGAGGGCCACGUCCGUGGGAAGAUGGUAACAAGCUGUAUGAAGAAGCAGUGCAGCGAGGAAAGCAGAACACCGACAAGGCCUCGUAGACAAACAAAUAUUCAAAAUCAUUAAUAUUACGGUGAGGCGUUGCAGGGAUUGUCGCACCUCUAUAGUCUUUCAGUUCUGUCAAAACUUUACAUUUAAUAGAAAAAGAAGUGUUGUCAUUCUGAAAGUUAAUGUUAAUGAGAAAAUCCACGUGUUAAAUUAAGUUAUUUUUAGAUGCCGGUAAUUGUGCUAUUUACUCACAGUAAUGACCGCACUGUAUAUAAAAGGAUGUUCUGUGCUGUACGUAUCUAAACAAGGCCAUUAUGCUUACUAAAUUACAAACAACAUUAACAUAUAGAAAACAAAAUCUUAGCCUACAACUGGUGUAAAUAUUGAUGAAAUAGAGAGGCAUUAUU